CAUUCAUAUAUAACAUCCAUCCUCUCCCAUUCUCCUCCUACUCCUUUCUUUAAACUCUCUGUUCCACCGUCCCGACUUCGGCAUGUUGACUUCCCUCACCACAUGGAUCACUCCCGCUUCCCUCUUCAUCUUCAUCAACCUUGUCAUCGCCACCAUCGCCAUCACUUCCCGCUUCACUGCCCAUAAAUCCCCCCACCAUCUCCACACCGCCUCCCCCCUCUCACGCCCUCCCUCUUUCCUAGAAAGAGUCAAGUCUUUCAACUUCACCCUCCACGACUCCAACUACUAUCCCAACCCGCACCCGGCUCCGCCUCCGCCUCGAACUCCCUCCAUGUUGGAUCGUCUCAAAUCCAUCACCCUCAUCCGAUCCGAUUCAAUCCGCCAACCGGAAGCUCCCCAGUCAGCGGCAGAGACUAUAGUGCAGAGUCCGGAGGAAACCCACCAGAACCAUUCCGUCACCCGGAGUAAAUCUGAAACCGUAACUCUCCCUCGGGCAACGAGCUUACGGCGGCGAUUACAGAAAUCGUUGAGCGAGAAGCUGCCGUGGGUGUCGUCCACGGCGGGGCAGAGUGAAACGGAGGAAGUAGUGAAUGAAAUCGAACGGCGGCGUCCGGCGACGGUGAAAGCGGAGGAGGCAGAAACGAAGGAAGGAGGGGAGGAGGAGGUGGAUUCGAGAGCUGAUGAUUUCAUAAACAAGUUCAAACAGCAGCUGCAGUUGCAGAGGUUGGAAUCUCUGUUGCGUUACAGAAACAUGGUUACAGGGAAAAAAUGAUAAGGUCUUUCUUACUUCGUCUUCCACUGUUCUGAAUUUGAUAGAAUCAAUUUGUGUUUUUUAACUUUGGAUUUGUGUGGUGGUUUGGUUUUGUAGCUUUGUUUUUUUCUUUUGUCCUUGGGAACAUAUCUGCCGCACCGCCAUUAAUGGCGGAAAGAAAUUUGGUGAGGAGUUUCCUUUCUUUGUUCUUCAAUGAUGAGUCUUUAGACCAUCUUCUUUUGUUUUUCUUAAAAAAAGUCAUCUUCCUAUUCAAAAUCUUUGAAUUGUGAAGGAAUUAGCUACGUAGAACUUGUCCUAA